AUAUCCUACGAGUUACACCUACUAUUUGUUACAUUUUAAAGUAUAUUUUUCGAAUUCGAAUGGAAUUGAAACAGAUAGUAUGCGCAGUGGCUGAGGCUGUUAUCAUUUUUAUCAUUAUCGGGAAGAGAAAGAAUCAUGUUGUAGGUCUAGUUCCAAAGCAAAUGUAUAGAUGGCAUUUCACCGCACAACAUGGAAUGCGAUGCGACCACGUGAUUCAGGCUAUGACGCUCGUGAACGCGAAGCGACAACGCGCGGCGGAAAUAUAUCUAUCCCUUUCCAGCGUAAGCAUUUCUUUGUUACGUCUAUCAUUUAAAUUUGAAUCUUAUACGUUGUGAAGUAAAACACAUUUAAAAUUAUUCUUGUACCGUGUUUAAGGUUAUAAUGACAGUGAGUCGUAGUUACAGCAGCCAUCACAAAAAUAACACGACGCGCAACGCGAGUUAUUCGAAAUUUAAAAGCGUUAAUUUUGCGUGCAUUAUUAACUUAAUUCUUAAAUAUUAAUGAGUGGUAUUAGUUUCGUCAAAAUGGAUAAGACUAGUCAUAUAGACAUCCAGUUUCUUGUGGAAGAAGUGAAGAAGAAACCUGUACUGUGGGAUAUGGAAAAUGAUCUCUACAAGGACAGGUUUGCAAGAAAAAAUGCCUGGAGUGAAAUAUGCAGAAAUGUUUAUAAAGACUUCGACAAAAAGUGCACCGCUGAGAAAAAUGGACUGUGUUUCACGCUAUCAAAUAAAUGGAAGAACCUACGAGACAACUACAGGAAAUCUCAGCGAUAUUCCUCCGUUAUCAAGGGCCGCCGUCAAUACGUGCACGGAAAACUACUCAAUUUCAUAAACGAAGACAAAAUAAACACAGACCAUGAAAUUGAACCGGCUGAUUCACCAAACAACUCUGAAGAUGUUGAGGAAAUGCUAACAUUAGGUGACGACGAGAUAGACAUCAAAACGGAAGAAUUAUCUGGUGAUGAAGAUUCCCUUUCUCACGUGGGCCCUUCAGUGUCCGAGCCGAGCGCAGCCGAUGAUGAUGACCUGGCGUUCUUCAUGUCAACCAUGCCGAUGGUGAAGAAGCUUAAAAUGAAACACAAAUUAGCUUUUAGAAUUGAUGUAAUGAAUAGUUUACGAAAACACUGUGAUCUUGAUUCUGAAGAAUUUGAAUAAAAACUCAUUUUUAA